AUGGCCGACGGGAGCAUGCCCUCCAUCUACGAGCUGAACAUGCUUGCGCUGAUGACCGCCGCAGAACUGGCUGAUGUGACGCUGUUGGUUGAUACGGAUCCGUUUGCCGAGCCUGAUGCCGAUGGCGCUGCCUUGCUGGACGAGUUUCUGGCGGCGAGCAAGUCUGAAGCGGAGCCGGCUACACGCAUCGACGGCGGCAAUGGUGGUGAGUGUGACCAUGCUGGCGGCGACAAUGCCAUCGACGAGCUAGAGGCGUCGCCAACCGAGACUGCCACUGCUACCACCACGGCCGACGUGGUCGAGAUCGAUGCACACGCGGCGCUGCUGGCUGCCCACUCUCCUGUCCUGCGCGCUAUCAUUGUAGACGAGCGCCGUGCCGGGGUCACUACCAAGAUUCUUGUGCCGAUCUCAGGCCUCGCCGAGGCUGCUGUUCGUGCUGCACUCACCUACAUGUACACCGGCCGGGUGACCGAGAUGGACGCAGGUUGGGUGGUGGACUUCAUCGAGUUUGGGAUCCGCUACCAGGUGCCGCUCCUUGUUGAGCUCGGCGAACUGUUUGUGGCCGAAGAGGUGACGGUCGAGACGGCCGCCGUCAUGUGGACCGCCGGGCUUCGGUUCGGCAACGCCACCGUGGUCGAGCGGAUGGCGCAGUUUGCGCUGGAUCCAUCUUUCUCGUGCGCCUUUCUGGGCCACCCGUCUUUCGCCAGCCUGCCGUAUCAGGUUGUGGCGGCUCUCGCCGCCGACACUGCGCUUGUUGUUGACGAGCUGACCGUCUUCUCUGCGCUCGCCGCCUGGAUUGCUGCCAACCUUCCGGGCUACCCCGCCACGCUCGACACCGAAGCCGCGACCCAGGCGGCCGGCCUUCUCGAGGCCGUCCGCUACCCGCUACUCUCGCCCGACGCACUCGCCGAUACCGUCGAACCGAGCGGCCUCGUCCCAGCCUGGCUCCUUGCGGAGGCCUAUCGCUUCCACGCCACUGGUCGAUCGCCGUCGUCGUCCGAUAGUGGCAGCACACUGCGGUUCACACCACGGGCCGAACCGCCGCCCGCCUCACCCUUGACAGCCUCUCCACGGAUGUAG